AUGUUCCGCAAGGCCCGGCGGGUGAACGUGCGCAAGCGGAACGACUCGGAGGAGGAGGAGCGGGAGCGCGAUGAGGAGCAGGAGCCGCCGCCGCUGCUGCCGCCGCCGGGCGCCGGCGAGGAGCCGGGCGACAGGGCCCCCGCGGGGGAGGCGCCGCUGGGCCCGGGGCCGCCGUCCGCGCUGACCGCGGGCCACGGGGCCGAGGCCGGGGGCUGCUUCCCGGGCGGCGCCGACCCCGGCAACGGGCUGAAGCCGCGCAAGAGGCCGCGGGAGAACAAAGAGGCGCCGCGGGCCAGCCUGCUGAGCUUCCAGGACGAGGAGGAAGAAACUGAAGAAGUUUUCAAAGUGAAGAAAUCAAGUUAUAGCAAAAAGAUAGUAAAAUUACUUAAGAAAGAAUACAAAGAAGAUCUUGAAAAAUCGAAGAUUAAGACAGAACUCAACUCGUCAGCCGACAAUGAACCGCCUUUGGACAAAACGGGACACGUGAAGGACCCCAGCCAGGAGGACGGAGCUGCUGGCGGGGAGCACGGGGAGGACGAGAUGGACAUGGAGAGCGAGAAGGAGGAGGAGAAGCCCAAGGCCGGCGGCGGCGCCUUUUCAAACACUCUGUCGUCUCUGAAUGUCCUCCGUCCAGGAGAAAUCCCGGACGCAGCGUUCAUCCACGCCGCGAGGAAGAAGCGGCAGAUGGCCCGGGAGCUGGGCGACUUCACGCCGCACGACAGCGAGCCCGGGAAAGGCCGCCUCGCCCGGGAGGACGAGAACGACGCCAGCGACGACGAGGACGACGACGAGAAACGCCGGAUAGUGUUUUCCGUGAAAGAGAAGUCACAGCGACAGAAAAUUGCCGAGGAAAUAGGCAUCGAGGGCAGCGACGACGAGGCGCUGGCCGCCGGGGAGCAGGACGAGGAGCUCAGCCGGUGGGAGCAGGAGCAGAUUCGGAAAGGCAUCAACAUCCCUCAGGUCCAAGCCAGCCAGCCCGCAGAAGUGAACAUGUACUACCCGAGCGCUUACCCGACAAUGCCUUACGGCUCGUCCUACGGCAUUCCGUACAGUUACACGGCCUAUGGGUCUUCCGACGGCAAAUCUCAAAAAACAGAUAAUUCAGCCCCUUUCAAAACUCCCAGUAAUGAGAUGACUCCCGUUACUAUUGAUCUGGUAAAGAAACAGCUUAAAGACAGGUUGGACUCCAUGAAAGACGAGCACAAAGCCAACCGCCAGCAGCACGAGAAGCACCUGCAGAGCCGCGUGGACUCCACCAGGGCCAUUGGGAGGCUGGAAGGGUCUGCCGGGGGCAUUGGUGAACGGUAUAAGUUUUUGCAAGAAAUGCGAGGGUAUGUCCAAGACUUGCUUGAGUGUUUCAGUGAAAAGGUGCCUCUGAUUAAUGAACUUGAAUCAGCAAUACAUCAGCUGUACAAACAGCGAGCCUCCCGCCUUGUCCAAAGACGACAAGAUGAUAUUAAAGAUGAAUCUUCGGAGUUUUCAAGCCAUUCAAAUAAGGCUCUGAUGGCACCAAAUCUCGAUUCCUUUGGGCGGGAUCGGGCCCUGUCUCAGGAGCACGCCAAACGGCGGAUCGCCGAGCGCGAGGCCAGGAGGACUCGGCGGCGACAAGCCAGAGAGCAAACGGGGAAGAUGGCAGACCACCUGGAAGGCCUUUCCAGUGACGACGAGGAGACGUCUACCGACAUCACCAACUUCAACCUGGAGAAAGAUCGCAUCUCAAAGGAGGCCGGCAAGGUGUUCGAAGAUGUCCUGGAGAGCUUCUGCUCGAUCGACUGCAUCAAAGCCCAGUUCGAAGCCUGGCGUUCGAGAUACUACACGUCCUACAAGGAUGCGUACAUCGGCCUCUGUCUGCCCAAGCUGUUCAACCCCCUCAUACGGCUGCAGCUCCUCACCUGGACGCCUCUGGAGGCCAAGUGCCGGGACUUUGAGAGCAUGCUGUGGUUUGAGUCGCUGCUGUUCUACGGCUGUGAAGAGCGCGAGCAGGAGAGAGAGGACGUGGACAUCGCGCUGCUGCCCACCAUCGUGGAGAAGGCGAUCCUCCCCAAGCUCACAGUGAUCGCCGAGAGCAUGUGGGACCCCUUCUCCACGACACAGACGUCCAGGAUGGUGGGGAUCACGUUAAAGUUAGUGAAUGGAUAUCCUUCCGUAGCGAACGCAGAAAACAAAAACACACAGGUGUAUCUGAAGGCACUCUUGCUGAGAAUGAGGAGAACUUUGGAUGAUGAUGUAUUCAUGCCCUUAUAUCCCAAAAAUGUCUUAGAAAAUAAAAACUCGGGGCCUUACUUGUUUUUCCAACGACAGUUUUGGUCUUCAGUUAAGCUCUUAGGGAAUUUUCUCCAAUGGUAUGGCAUUUUCUCCAAUAAAACUCUCCAGGAGUUAUCGAUAGAUGGCUUAUUAAAUAGGUAUAUUCUCAUGGCUUUUCAGAACUCAGAAUAUGGAGAUGACAGCAUAAAAAAAGCCCAAAACGUAAUCAAUUGUUUCCCCAAGCAAUGGUUCGUGAACCUGAAAGGAGAAAGAACUAUUUCUCAGUUAGAAAACUUCUGUCGAUACCUCGUACACUUGGCAGAUACAGUUUAUAGAAACAGCAUCGGAUGCUCUGAUGUGGAAAAAAGAAAUGCAAGGGAAAACAUCAAACAGAUAAUCAAGCUCCUUGCGAGUGUCCACGCACUGGACCACGCGGCUGCUGUCGCCGGCGAACACAAUGUGAAGGAGUUCAAGUCCCUGGUGGAGGGGAAGCCAGCCUGA